AUGUUCUGUAUAGCAAUGAACUCCAAUGGAGCGAUUGCAAGAAAGAAGCUAGAAGUCGAAGAAGUUGAUCGAAUACCAGGCCUUAAAAUUAUUCGCCCAAAGAUAUUUCCGGAUAAUCGUGGUUAUUUUGUGGAAUCAUACAAUGAACAAGAAUUGACGGCUCACGGAUUCACUGAGAAAUUCAAACAGGUAUUAUCGGAGGAUGGGGCGCAUGUAACGUACAAAUGCACGGCAGUUUAUAAUCCGGAAACCGAAUCCGGUGUAAAUCCGUUUGACGAACACUUGGCUAUUGAUUGGCAUAUCAGUCCUCAACAUGAACUGAUUAUCAGUGACCGGGAUCGUUCGCAUAAAAAUCUGCAGCGCUAG